AUCUACGUCUUUCGCACUGUGUUGAAGUAUCCCGAGAGUCAUUCAAUCCUGCCUGUCUUAGAUUUGUCGAGACAAUUUACUGGGCACUUUUGGUUGAAGCUUUCUUUAGAAUAUCUUGCCACAAUAAUUGGGUCUGAAAUCCAUGACUUUAACCUCAGCCAAGCAGUCAUGCAAAGCCUACUCAUCAUCCAUGCACGAAAAUACCAAAUUAACUAUUUACGUUCCAGCUGUCUAUUGAAGGAAUGGUGA